AUGAAUGAGAACUCAUACACUCAUAGCAGCGGAGGUGGUACUUCUUCGGUUUACAGGGGUGUCCGGAAGAGGAAAUGGGGCAAAUGGGUAUCUGAAAUACGUGAGCCAGGAAAGAAUUCUCGAAUCUGGUUAGGGAGUUUUGAGACACCUGAAAUGGCGGCAGCAGCAUAUGAUGCAGCUGCAUUUUACCUCAGGGGUGAUGUUUCUAAGCUUAACUUCCCAGAAAGAGCAACUGCUCUCCCUAGGCCACUUAGCUCCACUGCAGAAUGCAUACGCAUGGCUGCUCAUGAGGCUGCCUCGCUGUUUGGACCAGCUUCCAUGCCGGAGCAGGGUGGCUCCAGCUCAGGUCAUACAGUGCCGGUGAAUGUCGGACUUUCUCCUAGCCAAAUUCAGGCAAUAAAUGAUUCACCACUUGAUUCUCCGAAAUUAUGGAUGGAAUUGGGUGAUGCUCUUAUAGCUGAACAGAAAAUGUAUUUUUCUAACACUACUAACUUUGAUCAUAUUCAUAUGGCCGGUGAUUGGGACGAGAUUCCCGACUAUCCCCUCUGGGAAUAA